AUGGCGCCCAUGGUGGCGCCGCCGCCAGCGCGUGCGCACCUGCACCACCACGGACAGCACCAGCGCCACCAGCCGCUGCGCCGCAUGGAGGGCGUCGGCGUCGGGUCCGCGCUCCGGGGGAGCCCGCGCGCGUCCUCGCUCGCCGUGGCCGCGCUGCUCGUCCCGGUCGGCGCCGCGCUGCUGGCGGGCGCCGGGGCCGUGCUCCUGGCCACGCUCGUGGGCCUCGCGCUCGCCGCGCCGCCGCUCGUGCUAUUCAGCCCCGUGCUCGCGCCCGCGGCGGCGGGGGCGGGGAUGGCCGUGGCGGGGCUCCUCGCCGCCGGCGGUCUCGGCGUCGCGGGCGUCUCGGCGCUCGCCUGGGCCGCCGGGUACCUCUGGAGAGGCGGCACGCGGCCGGGAUGGUCGUGCAGCCGCUGGAUGACGGGAAGAUGCAACACGGCGGCGGCGCGGGAGGGGCGGCGUUCGUCGGGCAUCGGCUCCGGGAGACCGGCCAAGAUGACGCCGAAGACGCAGCCAGGGCAUAAUAUGCAGUUCAAUAUUUAA